UCGACAGUGGUGCUGCUGCUGAGCCUCACCACAGAGUGUGUGCGUGUACUGAUGGUCGACCGUUCCCGGUGAAAAACACCGAAAGCCCUGCCUCAUGAAAAUGCUUAAGCGCUGUAUGUAACUGACAGAAAUUAGUGCAGGGGAGAGAACCCAGUUGCCAGACAGGUUUAGAAAAAAAAUCAGGAUGUUGCAAGUUUUAGCUUGUGGCGCCGUAGUUUUUCCCGGUCUUUUCCUCGCCUUUAGAAGAAUUCUACCGUCUGUGUUUAAACACUGGAGCGAUGCCGACGUGGUGCUGGUCAGCGAGAGGCUAGUGUCCUCCAUCCAUGCGAUCAUGGCAACCACAGCGGGUGUUAUUGUUGUGUCGGCAUGCCAGAGCAACAUCAUUAACGACAGGCAUUGGUUGGCCACCUAUUUUGUCAUCUGGUAUGGAGUCCCCUACAUGACCUAUGACAUCUUUGCCAUGUACCUCAGCCACUACUACCGCUAUCGCGUCAAAGGACAUGAGGACUACAAGCAGCACUCCCUGAGAACCGUUAACUCCUUCGUCCGUAGAGAGUUCCUACUGGUGCUGCAUCACAUCGCCCUGCUGACCAUCCUUCUGCCCGUCACUCUGUUCUUCAGAAAGGACCAGGGGGAUUUCUUCAUCGGCUGCUUGUUUCUAACAGAGCUCAGCACACCCUUUGUCUCCCUGGGGAAGAUUCUUAUUCAGCUCAGUCUCCAGGACUGCUGGGUACAUAAGGCCAACGGUGGAAUGGUGCUGUUCACCUUCUUUAUGUGCCGUAUCGCCCUAUUCCCCUACAUGUACUGGAUGUACGGCCGCCACUACGGCAUCCCACUCUAUAGCGUUCCUUUCCACUUGCCACUCUCCGCCAACCUGGGCAGCUUGUGCAUCAUGGCGCCACAGGUGUACUGGUUUGUUCUGCUUUGCAGGAAGGGCUACCGACUGUACCAGCGAAGCCGCCUGCCACAUGCGCCCCCUGCAGCCGCCGCUGCCGCCAGCUCGAAGGAUGAUUGAUAUCCACUCCACAACUGCUUGCUCAAACCGCACACUCAGCUACUAACUCAACCCCACCAUGGUACUGUAGUACACCAGGGCUGCCUGCUCUUGUUCCAUGAUUCCUGGGCAUUCUCCGCACACUUUAACUCCUCUGUUAAUGAAUCUGCUGCCUAAGUGGACCUCUCCUCCACCAAUCUAAUGCUACUACUGAACUGAAGUGAUUUUAAUUUGAAUUUUUUGGAUUUGACUCUGGCCUGGAUCUUGUUGUUGUGCUCCACUGUUUCACAUUUCCAGCACUGCGGAAAGGUUGUGUGAAGGAUGAAAACGAACACAUCAGAAACUAAAGAGGAGCUUCCAUGGAAAGACUUUACCUUUUCUCUUUCCUCCCACUGUGUUUACAGCAGCUGCUGAUUGGGAUGGUCUGUUACACUGUCAGCAGGUCCCAUUAGAGUGUAUGGUUCUGUGUCAUAGGUUUUCUUUUCCACUCUCAUCCAUUCAAUUCAGACACUGGCAAGAGGGAUUAGCUGUAUAUUCAGGCAAUGUUAGCAGAGGGAAACGUGAGCAAUACAUUUCACCUCAUCUAAACCUGAGAGCUGAAAUCAGCCACAUCCAGUUAAUGUGAUAGCCUGCGACUUUUCACCUAUGCUCAUUCAGCUUUCUGCACAGCAUUGCAUCAGUUUCAAAUGAAAGACAAGACAAAAGUCAUUUCAGGAUUUAAAAAUGACCUGAAUUUCAUUUUAAGUAACUUCUCUAGAUUUGAUUUGUAGAGACUGAUUCUUUUUUUUUUUUAAAUCUCCUUGAGCACAUUGAGAAAUUAUUGGGUAAGAUCUGUUCUGUAAUAUAUUGCAUUGUGAAAAAUUUACUUGAGAGUUACAGAUGGCGUGGUGACAGGGAGCUUGGGGGUGUAUUGAUAUUUAUUAGAGUUGGUUGUUCCUCCACUCAGGUCAGAGCAAUAAGGGGUGCUGCAGCUCAUGCAGGCAGAUGCAAACAGAGGACUGAAAUUCCCAAAACGGGUGUUCUGAGCUUUGAUUCUUGAUGAGCUCUCACUGUUUCGUUCCUCUGCAGAUGCAGAGGUUUGUAUGCACUUCCAUAGCAGGUGUAGAACUGAGCACUUAACACACAGAGCUUUGUAUACCGCUGUUACAGUUUUUACAGAUUUAAUUUAGACAAAUAGUUUUGAAACUUGAAUCUUCUAAACCACAGAGGACCAUUAUCAAGCAAAUUCCCUGCUGCAGAUCAACAUUUAUUUCAGGGCAUUUGUGUUCGAUCAGCAUUUCAUGCUUAACUUUAGUUAUUUAAUUCAAAAAAAUGUAUAGAAAAUAUUUUAUUAGUUCAACACAUCAUAUAGAGGUCAUUUUACUCCUUUAUUAUAUUCUUUAUGUUUCAGGCUUUGGGAUACCUGUGGCCAUUUCUUUUUGUCCUUAAAAAAUUAAUCUAUGCAAAAGAGGCUGUGGUGCAUGUAUUGUUUGCAACGGUAAUGUAAAGUCACAGCUAAUGUAAAGACUGAUCCACAGCUCCUAAUGUAUGCUCUCUUUUAAUCUUUUUGAGAGAACCCUCCAUUAAUUUCUUAACAUUUUUACUCUGCUGAGCAAGGAACAUUGAGCCUCUUUAAUACAUAGGCUGCUCCUUUUAGGGGCAAAAGAAAAAGAAAGAAAAGGCGUCCUUAUUAAUCGACUACUGUUCCUUCUCAUGAUUUAACAAUUACUAAAUGGAGAAUAUCAGCUCCAUAUCGCUUUGUCCUUACAUGCAUCGAGCCAGCUGAGUGAUAACAUCAGUGUUUUGCCUCUGUUACUACCUCCAUUGCGCUCAGAGGUGUAUUCACAGCAUAUAAACUGAGGAUCGACUUCCGCCCCACAUGUUGCACACUCACACGUGUGUCGUUCUCCGCGUGAAAAGGAAGACGCCAAAGAGGCUCAUAUCCAGUUCAGUAUCAACUCAGUGGUUUUAGAAUUUCACGAUUCAUGAUACAGUAACAUUUUGCACGUUUAAAGGUACCACUCAGUUGAUAAAUAGCAUUCAGGUAGAGUUCCCACAGCUCCUCGGGCCAUCGCCAACACAGGCCGGAGGGCUGACCAGUGAUAUAUAUUUUCUAAAUGUCACGUCCCCUAUCGGACCAAUACGGUCGAGUAAAGGAAGUUCCUCCAAAUAAAGGAUUCUUUAUUUGGAGGAACUUUAUUAUAUGGCAACCCUAGAUGGAGGCAGUUUUAUGCCAACACAUGCCUAUGGUCCUUAUUUUUAUCUGCAGUGGAACACUGGCUUAGCUGUGUGUAUUGCGAGAUGAGUAACUGCUGCAAAAGCUUUACUUUCAUGAUUUUGGUGGAUUUGCUUCAUGAUGGCUCGUUUCUUUCAUUAUUAUUAUUAUUCCAUUGUCACUGUACUGAACUGUGAAUCAGUGUGAAUGUGAAUGCUGACACCAUGUUAAUGCGAAAUAAGACUAUAUUUAUCAAACGUUUCCUGUUAUCGUUAGCAUACAUCCUCAUAAGCUACCAGACUUGGUGAUAUUGUAGCAGCGGAUUUAACCAGUUUCCUUUUUAAAACAUCUUUUUUUAUCACUUAUUAUGUUCUGCAUCAUAUUCACAUAAGGAGGCCAUUGCCUGAAUACUAACGGAAUCAGUUUGUGUCCAAAACUUUUUAAUUUUUUGGUAUGAAGUUCCCACCAACAUGUUGAAGGUGCUGAGUCAGCUCAUUGCUAGAUGGCCUGUUUACCAGCUGGGAGUGUGAAGCUGUGGAUUUAAGGAGUACCAAGCAGCUAAACGAUAGCCUGUUUGUUCGGCUUGGUCCAGCAGAGUGCAGACCGCCAUCACCGCCAACAUCCCACAUUUUUGUGUGUCUUUAUUUGCUUUAUUUCACCUGAGUUCUCCUACUCUUUCACUUUGUCUGGUAAAAUAUAUAUUUCACACAACUUAUUGCCAGUUUAAAGUCACAAACAUUGAUAUUUAAUUCAGGAUUUCUGAGCUGGCGUCCUUGUGAAGACUUUGAAACCUACACAAUGUGUCAGCAAAGCAAAGCGAGAUACGACUAUCCUUUCUGUUAUCUGUUGCUAGGGUCAUCUGAUGCCUGUCCAGUGCAGCUCUCCUAAAGGAUUAAGUCUUUAAUCACUGUACCUCCCCUUCCAUGAAAUGCACUGAAAAAAAAUACAGGCAUAUUAAAUUAUGUUCAUUUAUAUGAUAUUGAGUAUAAACUUGAUCUUUAACACCAAAUCUGUUACUUUAUCGUUGCUUUAUUUUGGACAUAAAACAUCAUAUAAGACCCAAAUUACUGAGGUUCAGCAUUCAGCCUUUACACUUUAUUUCAACUUGGAUACCUGUCAACUUGAAUAAAGGGGAAGAUAUGACAACAUUUUGAAUAUAAGCUGCUUCAGGGUGAUGUUUUAGGGUUAGCUUUAAAAUUCUAUUGUACAUCUAACAUUCCAGAUUUAGGUAACAUUUAUCCCAAUGUAAUUAUCUAAUGUGUAUGUUUUGUCCAUGUAACUUUUUAAAAAUGUAAGUUUAUUCUUGUUUUUAGACUUAUUUUUAACUCAACCUUUACAUUUUAGUAUGCAUGUCUACAGUAGAAAUUUAAUUUAUUUUCUUACAACAUAACCUCGACAUUGGCUGAAGGAAUGACCGAAGCUUCACUUUAGAUUUAAGAAAAAAGAAAGAAGAGUAUUUUUUGACCUAGCCUGAUUCCAGUAAGUGGCAACAUGGAGAAAACCCUCAUAAAUUGAUAAUUUAUAAAACACCUGAAGUAAGAAUUAUCUAAUGUCAAAGGUAUGAAAAGUGUUCCUCAUUCAAUAGAUUCUUAAUGUAGAAAAUCUCAAUGCAUCCUUCCCUCCAAGUUUGAAGUAUGUGUGCAGAGAGGUUUCUUUAAAAUGACAAAAAUAGAUUGAUUAUAAAAAUCAUCACAUCUAAAAGUAGCUGGUUCUAUUAAUCUUUUUAUAUAUCAAAUUUUCCUCUGAGUUUUCCUAUUUAUGAUUGCAUGGCUUACGUUACUAAGAUGUCAAAGGUUUAGUAAACCAAAGACUGGUAGGCACUUCAGUUAAUCAUAUCGACCAUAUAUAAUCAUAUUCAAUCCAUAAAAUAUGUUUUGUCUUUAUGGUAAAGAUUCAUAUCUAAGGUUAAAACUCAAUUGACCUCCAGUCUUAACCUUUUUGUUUAGGUCCCAUUUAUGAAUACUAGGAUUUCAUAGUAAGUCAAACUUUCCACAUCUCCAAUAAAUAGUAUAUUGCUGUAAAACUAAUAAUUUUAGCAGUUAGUUAUGGGCACCGCUGCUUCAGCUGCACCAUGUGAACAGCAUUUACUGUUGUAGAUGAUUGACAAAAACACUGAAGUGGCAAUUCAGUCCAUGUUAACAUUUUGACAUUAAUAAAUUCAGAUUUUGUGCAGAUUCUGACACUUUACUUUAGUUUGCUUAGACAUAUCAGCUUCGAGGCCAAGGCUACAUUUCCUGUGUAGAGUUGAUAAAGGUCAAUGCUAUGUCAUUCAAUAGUUUCUCAGUAGCAUUUAAAUGUUACUGUCAUGUUAACCAUAGCAUUAAGUUACUGUUAAAUUGUUGGCCAAAGUUUUUAAGUCUCAGUUGAUAUUUACCAUGUUGGUUGGCAGAUGACUAGAUGACUUCAACAUUAAGAUAAGCAUAAUUCUUACUAACAGAUGAAAACUUUUUUCGUAAACUAGAAUGUUGGCUAACAUUGUAAAACAGAAAUCUCGCCUGCAUAUUCUAAGGCGCUGAGUCAUUUCAGCCUCUGAAAAUAAAUUUUCUGUCAUUUUUGGAUGAAUAGCUGAAACAUUCGGAAUGGGAACUCCUGACAUUUUAGCACUGUCUCUAUAUUCAACCAUUGGUAAAAGUUAUAUUGGCUGGUGGUUGACCAAAAUCAUGUAACUUUAGCUGAAUGUGUAUUUUAAAUUAUUUGAUUUUUUUUGUAUUUUGGGUUUCUUAUUUUCUCUUAUUAGCAUGUUACUCUGAUGUGCUAAAUCAUAUCAAGUCAAAGUUUAACUUUCAUAUAUUGUAUGAUGUUGACCCAGAAUAGAUUAGGACUAGUACAGGUUAGCAAACGUCAAAACUUUGUUUUGGAGUGAUCUGUUUUUCCCAAACACAAAUAUAAACUUUUGCUGUGUUAAUACAUUUUUUGUGGUAAAGCUAUUGAACACAUUAUUGCCCUUGCCAAGUGAUAGCCACUGCAAACAUUUAUUAUUUUGAGUAUGAGUACAGUCUUUUAGCUAACAUGUCAUAGAUAGCGCCUAGAGAAGUUGCAAGCUUCAUGCUAACUGUUUGGCUUUGUGACAUUUGUUAAAAGACCACAUUGAGUCGUGUAAAAUUACGAUAGACAUCAAAUUAACACAGUAAUACAAACUCAUUCUUCUAAACCAUGUCAAUUCUAAGCUUAGAGUUCACUUAACCUUCAACCAACUUGAUUGGCUCAAAGGAAUACAAUUCUGAAUGGCUGUAAACUCAAUUUAUUUCUUCAACUUGACCUUUAGGUUAAGCUCUCCAUUUCAAAUACAGUACAUUUGGCCUGCUCAACUACCAGGGCAUUUAUCAUGGCAGACUUAUGUUUUUAUACUGCUGCCAUGUCUUCUUAUUUAGAAUUACAAGUUGUUUUGUUUUGGGUUUUUUGUUUGUUUAUUUCAGAAGUUUUUUAGGCCUUGACUAGAAGUUAUCUUAUGUAAAGGAAAAUCCUGUUUCAUGUUCGUAUCAUGUUGGAUAAUAAAUAUUGCAUGCUUGGAUGGGAAGUAGGUUUAACAUCAAUCACCAAUAUUCUGCACUUUCCUCCGAUGUAUGAAUUCUGCAAUGGGCUGAAAAAUGCAUUUUAAGCAUUGUCAAAAAGAAACCCAACUGUCGCUGGGACUGGUUUUGAUCUGUGGACAGUGAACUAAUCUUAGUCUACAGUGCCUUUUGAAAAAAAAUCUAUUUGUGAUAUCCACAAAACUCUGUGUGAAAGAGCUAAGUUGGCAGGCAGUGUUUACAGGUUGUGGCUGUAUUUAUUGUCAUUUUCAUAUGUCCAUGGAGAGGUUUUUAUUUUAUUUUCACAAUAUCCAUUUAAAAUGGGCUCAUAGUAAAUAGAUUUAAUUUAAUUGGUUGUUUCAAAAUUCAGCAAACACCAUAAUAUUUUAUUCGUACAAUCUGAGAGUGAACCCUUUAAAUUGUAUAAUAUACAUAUGUCUAAAUUUGAAUUAGCUUGCUGUGUCUUUCUUGGAGGAUUUGGAUUUCAUUAAGCGUUCUUAAGUCAAAUGCAGCACCAUCACAACCUUUAACACUUCCUGCCGUAUAUUAUUUUUGAUAGCAUUCUAAUUUUUCAUACAUAUAAAUACAGAUUUGGUGCAUCUGUCGUUUUUGUAGCGUGACCUAUGUUUUUGGGGAAAUUUACUAUCUGACAUGAGACUGAACCGUUUUAUGAAACGAUAAGAUGAGUCACAUAUUAUAGCUGCAACCUAUGAAUCCAGAGCACCCCUUUGAAAUUCAAUAAAUUUGAUUUGAUAGACUGUUUUGAGCAGACCUUUUUUUUUUUCCACUUCUCUUGGAAUGCCAGCAGUCCUGAAUUUUGAAAUAAUAUGGAUUUCUAUUAUACACUGAGCGAUUCUAACCACAUCAAUAUUCCAGGUUAGAAAAAGGCUUCAAUGUUCUUUUUUAACCAACAAGAUGACAAAAUACCACACUUGAAUGCAAUCAAGUAUCUGCAAGCCCUUCAAACAUAUUUCCCAAAGUUUCAGUCUGUUCCUUUUAAUGCAAACUUACUAAUGAUAAUUUAGUUAGCUAAUAUGCAUAUAUCCAUAUAUUUUUGCGGAUUCUGACAUGAAUUAUUGAUUAUUUUACAUACACUGAUGUACCCAACUGGACUAAAAGAUGGUGUAGAUAAAUGUUCAAAUGAAAAAGCUCUUUUUUUUAAUUUUUUUUUACAGUCAGCCAGUUAAUAUGUUAAGAUGGUAAUAUUGUUAAUAUGUUAACUAUGCUGCUUCAUUCUGCUGUAAUGUGGCAUCAUGGCCACCCAGAGGUGGUGCUGUUUUAAUCUGACAUCUGUGGCACCUGCCACACUGAAACUAUAAAAUCACUUGUUCUCCAAAAAUCUGUGGGAUUUUGCUGGCUAUCUGACACAAAUGAAACUAUUGGAAACGGUUUCAUUCGUGUUAUUUAUUUUUCUUAAAUUAUUUGUCUUAAAUCAAUCUUUAUUAGCAUGUUGGGGAUUUCCUUAUUCUGCUAAUUCAUUUUCAGUGCAAAUCUAUUAAUUAUUUACCAUCAUGCCUCAUAUUGACUGAUAGUUAUGGAAAUUCCUGUAUACAUAAUAAGUAAACUACUAUAUUUAAAUGCAAGUUUUAAAGGACAGAUUAUCAAUUAAAUCCAAGAACUUUAUAUCGACCUGAACUAAGUAUUAUUGGACCUGUUGUAGGCCUUAAAAUGGUAUAAUAAAACUAUUUCCUGCACAUUUCCACAUACUGAAUGUAUGUGUUCCUAUUUUUCAAACUGGUGUUCCAAGUACAAUUCAUGUUGGACAUUAAUCAACACAAAUAUUGACUUUAUGCAAA